UACAGCCCAUCUAUGCAAAAAGUUUUGUAAAUAGACUUCAUUUAGUACUUCAAAUUAGCAAGAUUCCUUUGCACUUUUUUGUGUUUACGGCUUGUUUGUGUUUACGAGGUGGGAACUAAACAGUGCCUGAGUCCAUAAUCUGGUCCACUAGUCACUUUGUCAAUAGGUCAAUAGAAACCAACACAAAAGGUACUAGCGUCGUUCUCAUGAACACCGGAAACCUUGCCCUCGUAGCAGAAAGCCCAUCUAAUGAAGUGCCGUUGUGGCAGAGCUUUGACUAUCCAACAGAUGUUGGGACCCCUGGCGCCAAAUUAGGUCGGAAUAAGGUCACUGGUUUAAAAUGGCAGUACAUCUCAAAGAAGAGCAUGAUAGAUCCCAGUCUUGGCUCAUACAUCCUUUAGAUAAACAACAAUGGGGUGAUGCUCCCCGAGCGCCGCAAACCCCCCUUUGUAUUGUCUUGGUCUUGGCCAUCUGGAAAGUUAGCGGAUAAACUUAUACCAGUACUGAAUGGGUUGCUAGACUCAGACCCACGGACUAAAGGUUUGUUCAAACCGGCAUGUUUCAACAAUAAUGAAGAGUACUUCACAUACACCUCAUUGAAUGAAUCAUCAUCCUCAUUUGUCUCAAUAGACACCUCUGGUCAGGUUGAGCUGCAUGUUUGGUCACAAGCCAAACAAUAUUGGGAAAAAAAUAUAUUCCCAGCCUUCUAGUUUUUGCACUACAUAUGGUGUCUGUGGACCAUUCACGGUCUGCAACGACAACUCAAGUCCAUCUUGUGAUUGUAUGGAGACAUUCUCUCGGAAGUCACCUAAUGAUUGGGAGCUUGGUGAUUGGGCAGGAGGGUGUGUCCGAAAUACUCCCUUAGACUGCACAACUAGUAACAGAAACGUGACAUACUCAGCAGAUGUGUUCCAUAGCAUACCUUGUGUUACAUUGCCAUACGAUCCUCGGAGCAUAGAAGAUGCUACCACUCCAAGCGAUUGCGCAGAAGCUUGUCUUAAUGACUGCUCCUGCACAGCUUAUUCCUUUGAGAAAAAUAUAUGCUCUAUUUGGCUUGGAGAUUUGCUUAAUCUAGACCAGGAUGAUGGAAGUGCUAUUACUUCUCAAUAUGUUCUUUACCUUCGCCUUGCCACCAAAGAUUUGCUAAGUUUGAGGAAUAACGACAAAAGAAAACCAAGAGUUGUUACUGCUGUAAGCAUUGCUAGUUUUGGGUUACUUAUGGUUGUUCUGUUGCUAGUGAUUUGGAGUAAGAAAUUCAAGUGGUGUGGUGCACCAUUACAUGGAAUUCAAGGUAGCGGUGGUGGAAUUAUAGCCUUUAGAUACACUGAUUUAGCUCAUGCUACUAAAAGUUUCUCCGAAAGGCUUGGAGGUGGUGGGUUCGGUUCUGAGUUCAAGGGAGUCUUAGGUGACAAGACUAUUAUAGCUGUGAAAAGGCUUGAUGGCGCCCGUCAGGGAGAGAAGCAAUUCAGGGCUGAGGUGAGCUCAAUUGGAUUGAUCCAACAUAUCAACCUAGUGAAAUUGAUUGGUUUCUGCUGCGAAGGUGAUAAGAGGAUACUUGUGUAUGAACACAUGCCAAAUGGAUCCCUAGAUGCCCAUCUAUUUCAGAGCAGUGCUACUGUCCUAAAUUGGAGCACAAGGUAUCAAAUAGCCGUAGGAGUUGCCAGGGCGUUAUGCUACUUGCAUCAGAGUUGUCGCGAAUGCAUCAUACAUUGUGAUAUUAAACCAGAAAACAUACUUCUCGAUGAAUCAUUUGUUCCUAAAAUUGCAGACUUUGGGAUCGCGGCAUUUGUAGGAAGGGAUUUUAGCCGAGUUCUUACUACAUUUAGAGGAACUGCUGGGUAUCUUGCCCCAGAGUGGCUUAGUGGAGUUGCUAUUACACCAAAAGUUGAUGUUUACAGCUUUGGCAUGGUACUGAUGGAAAUCUUAUCAGGAAGGAGGAAUUCACCUGAAGUUUACACCAGCAAUAGUUAUCACGUUGCUUAUUUCCCUUUGCAAGCCAUCAACAAGCUUCAUGCGGGAGAUGUGCAGAGUUUGGUGGAUCCGAUGUUACAUGGUUGCUUUGAUUUGGAAGAGGCUGAAAGGGUUUGUAAAGUUGCAUGCUGGUGCAUCCAAGAUAAUGAGUUUGAUCGGCCAACAAUUGGUGAAGUGGUCCGGGUUCUUGAGGGUCUGCAGGAGCUUGAUAUGCCCCCAGUGCCAAGACUACUUGCAGCUAUAACUGAGCAAUCUAAUGAAGCUUCAGCAUGAGAAUUCACAAGUACUUCAUUGAUGGUGUUAGUAAACUUUGUUUCAGCGAAUUUGAAAGUUGUAGCGUCGAUCGGACAGAAUUAAGGAAGGCAAGAUUGUAAACUUGUGUUGUUGUAUGUGGUCUACCUACUCUCUUAUUUAUGUUUCUUAGCUAUUAUUAUGGUAAGCAAGCAAGCAUUUGUAGCAAAAUA